UACGUCGGAGUCGGAGAGACUAGAGAUGAGGUGGACGGCGUUCCUGUGGGACGGCGCCUCGCGGGCCUUCAACGGCCGCCCCGCCGUCACCAACCUCGUCCUCGUCCUCGCCGCAAGUAGUGGAGGAGGCCUUGUCGCUUAUGCAGACUCUCAGCAGGACCAGCCUGAGGGACCGAAGAAGAAGAAAGUUGUGGUUCUUGGCACUGGCUGGGCUGGCACCACAUUCGUGAGGAAUCUUGAUAGCAAACUGUAUGAUGUCCAGGUCAUUUCACCUCGGAACUACUUUGCAUUCACGCCCUUGCUCCCAAGUGUCACCUGUGGAACAGUUGAACCAAGGAGCGUUGUUGAGCCAAUUCGUAGAAUUUUGGAGAAGAAAGGUGGAGAUUUCAAAUUCUGGGAAGCAGAGUGCUUCAAGAUUGAUCCAGCAAAGAAGAAAAUCCAUUGCCGCUCAAACACUGGCACAAAUUUUGAUGGAAAUGGCGAGUUCUUAGUUGACUAUGACUAUCUGGUGGUAGCAGUUGGAGCUCGGUCUAACACAUUUAAUACACCUGGUGUGGAGGAAAAUUGCCACUUUUUGAAGGAAGUGGAGGAUGCCCAAAAGAUUCGAAGGAGUGUGAUGGACUGCUUUGAGAAGGCAAGCCUCCCAUACCUUAAUGAAGAAGAGAGGAAGAAGAAUCUUCAUUUCGUUAUUGUGGGAGGUGGACCUACCGGCGUUGAAUUUGCGGCAGAGUUACACGAUUUUGUUUCUGAAGAUCUAUCUAAGCUCUAUCCUUCUGUUCAGCACCUUGUCAAGAUAUCAUUAAUCGAAGCUGCAGAUCACAUACUGACUAUGUUCGACAAGAGAAUUACUAACUUCGCUGAGGACAAGUUUGGAAGGAAUGGCAUUGAUGUAAAAACUGGAUAUAAAGUUGUGAAGGUUGCUAAAGAUGCAAUCACCAUGCAAAAUCCAGCUACUGGCGAUGUUGCAGUUCCUUAUGGAAUGGCUGUCUGGUCCACUGGUAUUGGAACCCGUCCAUUCGUUGUGGACUUCAUGAAACAAAUUGGCCAGGCUAAUCGUCGUGUCCUAGCUACUGAUGAAUGGCUAAGGGUGCGUGAAUGUGAUGAUGUCUAUGCAGUAGGUGAUUGUGCUACCAUAAACCAGCGGAGAGUCAUGGAGGAUAUUUCAGAAAUAUUCAGAGUUGCAGACAAAGAUAAAUCUGGAACCUUGACUGUGAAAGAAAUUCAAGACAUCUUGGAGGAUAUCUAUGUGAGAUAUCCCCAAGUAAAGCUAUACAUGAAGAGCAAGCAAAUGAACGGAAUUGCCGAUUUAGUUAAAGCUGGCAAUGGUGACACUGAAAAGCAAUCUGUAGAGCUGAGCAUUGAAGAGUUUAAGAAGGCCCUUUCACUCGUGGAUUCGCAAGUCAAGAAUCUACCUGCAACAGCUCAGGUUGCUGCACAGCAAGGACAAUAUCUUGCAAAAUGCUUUAACAAGAUGGAGUACGCUGAAGAAAAUCCUGAAGGUCCAAUCCGCAUUAGGGGAGAAGGCCGUCAUCGCUUCCUCCCUUUCAGGUACAGGCAUUUAGGCCAGUUUGCCCCGCUAGGAGGGGAGCAAACCGCUGCACAGCUCCCGGGAGAUUGGGUCUCCAUUGGCCACAGCUCUCAGUGGCUCUGGUAUUCUGUUUACGCAACCAAACAAAUAAGCUGGCGCACGAGGGCACUAGUGAUAUCUGACUGGGGCCGUCGCUUCAUCUUCGGCAGAGACUCGAGCGGCAUAUAGUCAAAGGAGAUAAGAUUUUGUCUGUGAUAUACUCAGAAGCUAAGGCAGUAGCGGUGCCACCCACCUAAGUCUGUUUUUGCAGAUGCAUAUAUUCUUUUUUGUCGGGGGAAAGAAUAAAAGUAACCCUGCACUUACGUAGUGCACCACGGAGAAAAUUCCUCUGUACCUUUUUACUCUUUUGAGAGUUUUACUUGUGCGGCAUGCGCAAACUCGCGGAUUAAUUUGGUAGUUCCUUUGCCAAAGGACCAGUUUGGGCCUUAUUUUGUUCAGAGUAAUCCUGUUUAUGUGAAGAUCUGAUUUUGUAAUGUGAAAUUGGCAAACCAGAUGUUCUGUGAAAUCCUGUUUAUGUGAAAGAUGUAUAUGUCUAACAACUUCGUACUUU